CUGAAUAAAAGGGAAGGGGAUUGUGGGAAAAAAAAAGUAGGAAAGGCUCACUUCCGGAUUAGCUUCUCUUCCCCCUGCCGGAGACCAGCGGCAUCAAGGAGGGAGGAGGAAAAAGACGCAAGCCAGGAGAGAAAACGGACGGGAGGGGAAAAACAAAAAGGAAGCAGCGAGCCUCCGAGGGAGGACGUAACCCGCGGGAGAUGAGUGAGAGCCGUGUAAUUGGAUGAAGAAACUUUCCACUGAGCACCAGUAUGGACCUCCUGUUUUCUGGUGUCCUCCACAACCCUUAAUAUUCUGGUUUGCAGCUGAAUCUACCGGAUUCUGAACUGUGACGAGUACCGGUCUAUGACUGAUAGCAGGUGUUCUGUCUUGUGCCACAAUGAUGCCCGUGGAUGUGACCAAUCACAACGGCCCCGCCGCCACACCCCCCACCUCACUUAGCCUUCGCUCCUCUCACAACCAGCUGCUCACCAGCGAUGUCAUCAAACAGGGCUCUGCCACACCUCCCAAGUGUCGCAAAAAAUACGCGCUCACGAGUAUCCAGGCAGCCAUGGGCCUCGGAGAAGCAGCGCCUCCUUCAUCCUCUCCAUCCUCCUCUCCGUCGCCCACCAACACUAAACUAGCCAAGAACGGAGUUAACCAACUUCGAAAGGCUGGUCAGGACCAGAACAAAAACACAACCGGCUCUGACGGGAUGGAACUUGACUAUAACUCAGAAACUAUAGAAGAUGACUUCAAUGUCAAUACAGUGGAGGAACAGAAUAGUUGCACUCUAACAAAUAAUGACCGAGAGGAAGAUGAGUUUGACACGGAGGCUGAGCCUCAUAUACGUGCCAGCAGUGAUGCAGAGUCGGAGCAGAAUAAAGGGUUGGACUUGGACUGUGAUUCUAACACCACUGUUGAGGUGAAACAGAAUAACAACACACCAGAUCUGGAGCUUAACUUGAAUGGUGAUGCAGAAGAGAAUGACGACAUCAGCAUUCUGUCCGAGAAGGAGUUGAUGUCCAAGGUAAGGAUUGAAGAAGACGAGCUGGUGGAAGAUCAGGAAGAAGAUGAAGAGAGGAAGCCAUUGCUGGUGAUUGGAAGUGAACCGGCCGUGAAGAGCCUCAAAAGUUCCUCAGACUUCGAAAUCAUCUCUGACAUCCACUCCAACAUCAAACUCCUUCAGUCAAGCAAGAACUCUGUCGUGCCCCCUCCUCCCUCCCUGCGAAGACAAGCCAGUCCAGAAGACACUCCGUUGAUGUCAUUGGCCUCCUGCCCCUCCUCUUCCUCAUCUUCUCCAGAGACUAAAAAGGACAGAAGAACCGGGGCAAAGACAGACUGUGCUCUGAACCGCAUCCAGAAUCUGAACCCCAGUGACGAAGAGUUGAGCUGGACGACCCUGUCCCAGGAGAGCAACUCCCCUGAAGAGACAGAUAUUUGGAGCGAGCAGUCAUUCCAGACAGACCCCGACCUCCCUCCAGGAUGGAAGAAGAUCACAGACAUGGCUGGCAUCUACUACUGGCACAUUCCGACAGGUACCACCCAGUGGGAGCGGCCUGCUGCCCGUCCGCCUCAGCCCGGAGACGGCGAGUUCCCAACCUCUGAGGAUCAUUCAACUUCAACACCGCGUAAACACUCGCUGGGCUCCCUCAGUCCCUCGCCCACUCCUGACCAUGAGUCUUCCCAGGCUGAGAUCUUCUUCAGAGCGUCGACCCGUUCUGGCAGCACCACCUCUGACAGUUCUGUGGAGCCCCUCUCAGCUCAUGAGCAUAUCCUCCCCACAUGUGGAUUUGUCAACAGCUGCUACUUUCCUCGCUCCACCUCUCCACAGGGGACGUCCGAUCAAGAAAGUCGCUCUCAGCAUCAUGAGGACGAAGAUAAGAAACAGGUGUGGAGUGAAUUUGGCGGCAAAAUUGAUAGUGAAGUGUGGAAGGACCUUCAGGCUGCGACAGUGAACCCUGAUCCAAGUCUAAAGGAGUUUGAAGGAGCCACGCUUCGAUAUGCAUCGCUAAAGCUCAGGAGCUGUCCUGCUUUGGAAGAAAACGAGUCGACAAAUGUGAAGAAUGACUCUGAAGCAAAGUGCUUUGCGGUGCGCUCUUUGGGCUGGGUGGAGAUGGCCGAGGAGGACCUGGCUCCAGGAAAGAGCAGCGUCGCCGUCAACAACUGUAUCCGACAACUGUCGUACUGCAAGAACGACAUUAGAGACACUGUUGGCAUCUGGGGGGAGGGGAAGGACAUGUACCUGGUGCUGGAGAACAACAUGUUGAAUCUGGUUGACCCCAUGGACCACAGCGUGCUGCAUUCUCAGCCAAUAGCCAGUAUCCGGGUCUGGGGCGUUGGCCGGGACAAUGGCAGAGAGAGGGACUUUGCUUAUGUGGCGCGGGACAAAAACACCAGGAUCCUGAAAUGUCAUGUGUUCCGCUGUGACACCCCGGCCAAAGCCAUCGCCACCAGCCUGCACGAGAUCUGCUCCCGGAUAAUGACAGAGCGAAAGAAUGCCAAAGCCAUGGCAGGAGGCUCUCUUCAGGACAGGAUGCAGGCAGGACUGGACCUCCCCUUACAGGAGUUUCCCACGCCAAAGACGGAGCUGGUUCAGAAGUUUCAAGUACAUUACCUUGGAAUGAUGCCUGUGGCCAGACCCAUCGGCAUGGAUAUAUUGAACGGGGCCAUAGACAGUCUUAUUGGUUCCUCCACUAAAGAAGACUGGACUCCUGUGGCUCUUAACGUGGCAGACGCUACAGUCACCAUCAGCAAAGACGAGGAUGAAGAAGAGGUGUUGGUGGAGUGCCGAGUUCGCUUCCUGUCUUUCAUGGGCGUGGGUCGAGACAUCCACACGUUUGCCUUCAUCAUGGACGCCGGCGGCCAUCGCUAUGACUGUCACGUGUUCUGGUGUGAUCCAAACGCCGGCAGUGUGUCUGAGGCGGUGCAGGCGGCAUGCAUGCUGCGGUACCAAAAAUGUCUGGUGGCUCGCCCGCUGUCCCAGAAGGCGUGCGGCUCUUCGCCUCCCGGUGACUCUGUGUCCCGCCGCGUGUCCACCAGCGUAAAGCGCGGAGUCUUGUCGCUCAUCGACACGCUCAAACAGAAGAGACCUGUCACUGAACUGCCACAGUAACCACAGCAAAACAUCAAAAAAGGGACUAUCUACUUAUAAAUCUUAGUUACCAUGGUAACUCAUUGCAUCGCUGCUGAAAAGCCCAUCUCCAUAGAAGACCCAAGCAAUCGCAGGAACGGCAAAGCAUCACCGUUUGGGAAUGCUGUCCCAAUUUCCUCCGUUUUUGGGAGCAAAUAUAACAAUUCCUGAUAAAGGCGGGUCAAGUCGAUUUCCUCCAAAUAACCGAGGAAAUUCGGAUCCAUCUGCACGGGAAAGUGACGCUUACGAAGGGGAACUUGUACAUAGAAGUACUUUCAUCCGCAGAAACUCCACGUGGAACACACAGAAGCUCACUCCUGCCCGGACCGCGGAUGUCCCCACGCUCUCAGUGUAUUUACGUGUGUGUGCUGCCAGCAUGACCUUCCACCGCGGGCCGCAGCGCCUGCACCUCACCUGUCCUAUUAGUCUAGGCGCUUUGUCCAAGUCUGGUCCUCCUCUUCCUCAGUCAACAGAUAAACCCGACGAGAGAAAGGAGUAACCAAAGACUACCGUGUCUUGAUUUGAAGAGAAACAUUGAGUUUGAAGGAAGAAGCAAGCUGCUACGACGUUAAAAACACUUAAAAGCCAGUCUACACCUAGAAACUCCUGCAUGAACAGUUUUCUAUAAAUGUGAACCGUUCAAACGCCACCUCACUGCUGCUGCUUCACCGACUGGAGGCGAGGGCGAUAGGAAUGUUCAGCCCCACCUUCAGCCGUGGAUCAUAGGAGACGAGCGGUGACCUGUCACCUGAAGCUUUCUUCACAUCCCCACUUUCUCUGUUUGCUUAAAUCCUCUGUUCUCCUUUGUUGAUGGCCAUAAUAGAGGAAGAGAGACCGAGGGAGGGGGGCAAACCUCUGCUUCAAUCACAGGAGAUGUCGGCGUGCCGCUGCUCUUCGCAACACCCGCUGGAGGAAAUUUGACUUUCUCUCAAUCCCACCUCAGAACAGUCUUAGUAAUAAAAGGGGAUUGCCUGGAGGAGAAAUAAGAGCUGAGGAAUGUGUUUUAUACGAGUGUAUUGGUAUUUUUUUAUUUUUCUUUAUCUUACAAGGAGAGGAAAUUGUUUUACCAUUGGCCUCAGCUUGUUUUUGGAGAAGAAAGCAAAGAGUUGCAUGAACUCCAAAAGAUGGGAACUGUCCCGAGCUGCUCCACGUCUCCACUUGAAUCAGUUUCAUGUUUGUGUUCAUUAGUGCCAUGUGAUCGUUCGUCACUUAAAAUGCUUCCACACGGUUAUCCCAGUGUGUCACAUAUCAGACAUGAUGUAAUCUGUCCCAUCACAGCACUCAAGACUCUAAAUCUGUGGAUGGAUUAUGAACGGGCAAAUGUUUUAACAGAGAAAUAAAUCUGAAGAUUGCCUACUGUAAAA